AGUCGGACUCAGAGGCUCACCCGGACCAUAUGGCCAUUCAUGAUUCAACAGCACUGUGACGGGGCCUUGGCAUUGAUCAGCAACGGCCCCGCCGCCCGCGCGCCCAGUUAAACGUUGAGCCAUGUAAUAGUAUCAUGAGCUUUCACUUUAUCUUGUUGAGCCUUGCUCGUAGGUAGAUCUUGGCAAGCACACAUCUACCGCAUCAUACCGUAUGCAGCUGAAUUGGGCUAGCGGCGGAUAGGGGUUCAUGUCAGUAUCUAUUGCUGCAGCAUUCCACGGAAGGAAAAACAGCUCGCAUUUGGAGCUCAGCUGAUCCUACAAUCAGGCUAAGUGCUUGCCACCAACUCAAUGCAGAGCCCUUCCGCCUUCUGGGAAGACGUCUCUUGGAAUCAUUCUAUGCAUGCUGAUGUCAAGCUUGACACAAAGAACAUUGCUACUCCCUGCGUUAGUCUGCUGUGUGUCAGGAGUGUUGACUUUCGUGCUCUGACAAUUUCGUCAUUGAUGCCUGGGGUGCCAUAGUCACCUGGCUCUAGAUAGGAGCAGGCAGGUGUAGGAGCUGGCAGCAGCAGCAUCCCCCCUCUUGCUGCUGUGCCAUGGCCGGCGCUAGCAUCACCGCACAGCGAUUGCUCUUCUUUCAUGGUCUUUUCCCCCAGCCUGGUUCCGACGAGCAGGCCAGCAUGCAGCCCAGUGUGCUGGGAUGCCCCCUGCCAGCACCCCCGGUGGCCGCGGAGAAACAGAAGGCAAGCAGGCAGAUGGUGGCUGCUCCAGCACCGGCGUUUGCCAAGAUGUCACGAGCUGUGGGCUGGACGAGUGCGGCAGGGCGUCUACAGUGCUGCAGCGGGCAGGCUGACUCUGGCGAUGGGGAGCAUACUGAUGCUGGCCUCCACCAUGAAGAGCAUUCAAUGCAUGGAGCCGGGGAGGAAGCUGACAGGGAGGAGGCUGCUGCAGCGGCCUUGGGGGGAUCCCUCAAGGAGGAGUCAGAGGAUGCUGGGGGCGUGAUGCCGGUUGCAGACAAUUCGUCGACCAAGAAGGAGAAAGGGGCCCGGCCAGCCGGCAGCAAGGUGGACAAGGGCGGUGGCAAAUGGAAGUCCCUUGAGCUGGGGAAGAAGGGGGCACAGAUACGGGCGGGGCUGGCGAGCGAGAUCUUGAGUGAGAUUGAGGAGGAGGUGCGGCUGCAGCGUGCGGCGCAGGCAGUGGCGGCGCGGGCGGUGGAGUGGGAGGACAGCCUGGACGCGGUGCUGGAGCCGGUGCUGGCCAUCCCGGGGGCGCCCUCCGCCGCAGGCCUCGCAGCUGCGCUCCUGGUCACAGUCACGCUGGCGGACGCGCACGCCUGGCGCUUCAUACGGCGGCCCCUCCCCUUCAACUUCCUGCUCACGCCCUUCCUCACCGCGGCCGUCCUGGCGGGCGUGGCUGGCUUCGUGGCGCUGCCGCUGCUGCGCAAGCUCAAGGCGCGCCAGGUGAUCCGGCGCGAGGGCCCCCGCGCCCACUACGCCAAGGCGGGCACCCCCACCAUGGGCGGCCUCUACUUCGUCCCCGCCGGGGUGGCUGUGGCGUGCGCGCUGGACUGGGGCAGCAACGACGUGCUGGUGGCGUGCUGCGCUGUGGCGCUCUUUGGCGGCAUCGGCCUGCUGGACGACGUGCUCAAGGUGGUGCUCGACCACAACGACGGCCUCCCCGGCCGCCUCAAGCUCGCAGCGCAGGUCGUCGCCGGCUGGGGCCUCGUCACGCUGCUGCUCAUCAAGGAGCCCGCGCAGUACUCGGCCAAGACGAGCGUGCAGCUGGCGGCGGGCGUGCUGCUGGUGGUGGGCCUGCACGCCCCCGGCCAGCACUGGCGGCAGCGCGCGCUCACGUACGUGCGCGACGACCUGCCCGCCACCCUGCUGCACCUGCCCGCGCUGGGCGAGCCGGGGGCCAGCGCCGCGCUCUGGCUGCCCGCGCAGCUGUUUGCGGGGCUGGCCACCUUCUGCUUCGCGGCCAUGAGCAACGCACUCAACCUCACCGACGGCCUCGACGGCCUCGCCGCCGGCACUGCGGCCAUCGCGUAUACGGGCAUGGCGCUCGCAGUGCUGCCCAUCAGCCCAGCGCUGGGCCGCUUUGGCGUGGCCAUGGCGGGGGCGUGCUGCGGCUUCCUGCUGCUGAACCGGCACAAGGCCGCCGUGUUCAUGGGCGACACCGGGUCGCUCGCGCUCGGGGCCGGGCUGGCCGCCAUGGCCACCGCCGCCGGCAUGUUCCUCCCGCUGCUCCUCAUCUCCGGCGUCUUUGUGGCGGAGACGGUCAGCGUCAUAGCCCAGGUGUCCUACUUCAAGUGGACUCGGACGAGAACCGGCAAAGGGGAGCGGCUCUUCCGGAUGGCCCCUUUGCACCACCAUAUGGAGUUGUCGGGCAUGGAAGAGACGCAAGUAGUCUCCAGAUUGUAUGUUGUAGGAUUCAUCUGCGCCUUGGCAGGUGCCUGCCUUGGCAUUGCAUGCAUAUGAUUGUCUACUCCGUUUGACUCAGUGAGAAUGUCGAGCUUUCCAGAUUGCGUUACAAUUGUUACGUGACAAGAGGCCGGAUGUUAACCGUGGACGAAAUUUGAAAAUGGCACAUUUGGCGCGCAUACUCGGACAAUGAGUGGUCACUAACACGGCAU